CACCACACGACCACAUCCUGUUGCAGCAUCUCGCUCUCUUCAAAACAUAACACCUCUUCGACUGGUAAGAAACUCGAGAUAAAACAUCUGCGAGAGCUCGAAACAAGAGACACGAUCGAAUCUCGAGUAUCUCGAACGAAACGACAUAAAAUCAUACCAAGAUGACGCUCUACUACAGUCUCGUCUUCUUGCUCCUGGUAGCAGAGAUGACGCUCUUCAUGCUCCUCAUCGUGCCCCUACCCUUCACCAUCCGCCGCAAGAUGUUCACGUUCAUCAGCGAAAGCCCCUUUGUUGCCAAACUUCAAUAUGGAAUGAAAAUCACCUUCAUCUUCAUCUUGAUCCUCUUCAUCGACAGCGUCAACCGCGUCUACAGAGUUCAACUUGAGCUGGCCGAUACCAACAAGACACCUGGAGCUGCAGUUAUGGGCCAUGAGCGCAUGGAAGUCCAAGCCCGCAAAUUCUACUCCCAGCGUAACAUGUACCUCUGCGGCUUCACGCUCUUCCUCUCCCUCAUCCUCAACCGUACCUACACCAUGAUCUUGGACGUUCUUCGCCUUGAGGAGAAGGUCAAGAAGUACGAAGGUGAUCCAAAGGCUUCUGGAAAGGAGAGUGAGAAGUUGGCUAAUGCAGGAAAUGCUGGGGAGAUCGGCAAGCUAAAGAAGCUUUUGGCUGAGAAGGAUCGUGAUUUGGAGACCUUGAAGAAGCAGAGUGAGGGCUUGAGCAGAGAGUAUGGUGAUUUGAGUGAUAAGUAUGGCGCUGCUACGGGUGCCGACUCUACACCAAAGAAGAGCAGAUAAGCCAUGCAGAUAUCAUCGGGAGGCUUAUCGGAGUAGAUUAGGACGAGUGCAGAGGGAAUGAGGGAUGCCGGAUGAGUGGAGUAAAUUCAUAUGGAUGGGGAUACCAGUUGUCAUGUGGUAGGGUUUCGUGUAGGGUUUUGGCGAGAGGUGUAUUGGUGGAGCAUCUUUGGAGUGGCCGGAGAGGGGAAAAUAAAACAGUUUUCAUUGGCGUCUACGAUUUCUGGUUUAGUAAAUUAUAGGUCAUCAAUGGUAUUGCCAAUUCAUGCGCAGGCUCCUCGCCAAUGUCACAAGUCUGUGCAACCUUGUUUUGUAUAAUCAUCGAUUAACCUAUCUGCUUUUCUAUGCAAUUGUACUUUUAGCAGAAAUCUGCCUGCAAUGUAUUGUGAGUCGCCCAGGUGUCUGGGCUCAUGUUGGGUUAGUACCCAGAGUGUUGCCCAUAGGCAUAUCAAUCAUAUCAAUUCCUUUGAACUGGCGAGGCGAAGAAGCAAAUUGAAUGAGACUAGUAAUGAUAGCUCUCGCCCCCAGCGGCUGAUCAUCUCAAGGAUGACCACCAUGAAUUUCCUCAGUCCUUGAACCCCGAAGCAGACUUAAUCGAGACCCAAACUGCUCUUUGGAAGUCCCCGAUAUCCAAUCGUCGUAACCUCCAUAGAGGCUGUAAACUUUUGAAUCUCGCGAAUUUUGACCCCAUCUCAAUAAUCUUCUUGUGCGACAAACAGAC